AUGCCGCCCUCCUCCCCUUCGCCCAAACGCUACGCGUCCGCAGCCACCCUCGAAAGCGUCUCGCACGCGACGCCCGCUCAUUCCCGAGUUGUCCCAGGCAGCAGCGUCGUGCGCCUCGUUGCGUCCGCUUCACCCUGCGCCGAUGCGGAGCGCCUCGCGUCCGUUGUAACGUCUCUCGACGUUACGAACGCGUCGUACCUGCGCGUGUUCGGCAAGUUGCGCACGGGCGAUGCGUGGCUGGAGGAGCUCCGCGUCGUGGGAUGGCUGACGGAGAUCCAGUUCCGCACGGUUCUGCAUUGCGUCCAUUCGAAGAGAAUGGUCAGCGCAACGGGGUAG